AUGUCAGAAACUAAAGAACAAAUUAAGCCACCAACUUUUGAGGAAUUAAAAAGGUUUGAAUUUAUCAAAGUUUUAAGUUAUUUGUCUACACUGCUAUCAACAUCAUCAGAUGAUCCAACUUUACAAAAGCAUCAUGUAAUUUUUAUUAAUAAAAAUGAUAUUUAUCACUGGUAUGAUGGUUUAUUGAAUAAAGAUGAAAAAUUGCCAGAUAUUAAUAUGACACUAAUUUGCCCUGCAACAGAAACUCACAUAAAAAAAUAUAGUCAUCAGAAAUGCUAUUUAAUACAUGAAACUCCUCAAAUAUACAAAGAUAUUAUAGAGCCAUAUAUAGAUUCUAUACCAUCAAGCAGAAUACAAUGGGUCUAUAAUAUUUUGCAAAAAAAGAGUGAGGCUGAAAAAAUUUUGAUGGAAGAUCCGAAUUAUCAAAUUGGAUUUGUUUUGCUACCUGAUAUGUAA